UCCGUGAUAGCGAACAAAUAAUAGCGAAUUUGGAUUUGAGUAGUUAAAUGUUUGUUUGUACUAGAACUUUUUAACAUUUACUACCUAAAUGGAAAUACAUGUCCUGAAAAUAUUUAGAACGUGAAACAUGUGAUUUGUUCUUAAUAAUAAAAUACAAAUUUUGGAAUUAGUAAAAAGUUCAUUUCUAUUUUCUAGUGUUGUACGAUCUUUUGUAUUAGACAAUCUGCAAUUUAGCACUAGAUUUAAAAAAAAAUGUUAUUAGAACUCGUGUUUGGAGCAGCUUUUUUAGGCGGAAGUUGGUUUAAAUGGGACACAAUUAAGUCAAAUACAAUUUGCCGAUAUACAGAAUGUUGUGAUGUAAAUCAUAUUCCUUUUGACUUAGAUAAACUUAGACUAUCGUUUACGCAGAAGAUGUUCGGCCAGCCCUUAGUAAAUGAAAUUUCAAAUAUUCUUGGUGCGCACAAAUCAUUAUAUGAGAAUAACAAAGGAAGUAAAAAGGCUUUAGUUCUAAGUCUACAUGGGUGGUCUGGCGUGGGAAAGAACUAUGCGGCUACAAUGAUAGCAGAAGCUUUGUUUAAAAAAGGGAUGCAAAGUAGAUAUGUUAAAAUAUUCAUGGGAAAGAAAGAUUUUGAUUGUUCAGACAUACAAAAAGCACAGAAUGAUUUAAUAAAUAAGAUAAGUGAACUGGUAAGAAGUUGCCCCGUGUCCUUGAUCAUAUUUGAUGAAAUUCAUGAUAUGUGCCCAUCUGUCUUGGAUGCUAUAAAGCCAAUGCUUGAUCACCAUCAUGCUGUGGAUGGUGUUGAUUAUAGGAACAGCAUUUUUAUAUUUAUAUCAAAUAUUGGUGGAAAAGAAAUUGCGAGCAAUUUAUUAGAUUUAUAUGAUCAAGGAGUAAAAAGAAAUGAAGUUGAUUUUCAUAACUUUGAGCCUAUCAUAAGAAGGACAGCAUACAGCACAGGUGGUUUUGAGAAAUCCUCAACUAUUGCACAGCAUUUAAUUGACCACUAUAUACCUUUUCUACCUCUUGAACAGCAUCAUGUAGAGAUGUGUGCAUUAGCUGAGUUUAGAGCUCAUGGUAUUUAUCAUCCCACUGAAGAAAUGAUGGCAGAUGCUUUAUCUGUUAUUACGUAUGGGCCGACUGAAGACCAACCCAUUUUCGCAAAUAAUGGCUGCAAAAGGUUUACGAAACAAAUACCUUAUGUGAUACAAAAACAUAAUCCUAAGACAGAAUUGUGAACAUUUUUAUUUGUGCUUGUGAAUAAUCACAUUUAUGUUAUAAAUACAUAAUUAUAAAAGCUUUAUAUCACAAAUUAAACUAUACGGAGGAACCUCAGAUGUA